CUCUGCGCAUGCGCAGGUCCAUUCGGGAAUUACUGCCCAGCCGCCGACUAAGUUGCAUUCCUUGAAUCUUCGCAGAAAAGACAAUUCUUUCAUCAGAGUUAGUAAUGUGGACAGUACAAAAUCGAGAGAGUUUGGGGCUUCUCUCUUUUCCUGUGAUGGUUGCCAUGGUUUGUUGUGCACACAGCUCCAAUGAACCCAGCAACAUGUCAUACGUGAAAGAGACAGUGGACCGACUGCUCAAGGGAUAUGACAUUCGCUUGCGGCCGGACUUCGGAGGGCCCCCGGUGGACGUCGGGAUGCGGAUCGAUGUCGCCAGCAUAGACAUGGUCUCGGAAGUGAAUAUGGAUUAUACACUCACCAUGUAUUUCCAGCAGUCUUGGAAGGACAAGAGGCUUUCAUAUUCUGGAAUCCCAUUAAAUCUGACCCUUGACAACAGAGUAGCUGACCAACUCUGGGUACCAGACACCUACUUUCUCAAUGACAAGAAAUCAUUUGUGCAUGGGGUCACAGUGAAAAACCGAAUGAUCAGGCUGCAUCCUGAUGGAACUGUUCUCUAUGGACUACGGAUCACAACCACUGCAGCGUGCAUGAUGGAUCUUCGAAGAUACCCUCUGGAUGAACAAAACUGCACCCUGGAAAUUGAAAGUUAUGGCUAUACCACUGAUGACAUCGAAUUUUACUGGAAUGGAGGAGAGGGAGCAGUAACUGGGGUCAAUAAAAUCGAGCUUCCCCAAUUUUCAAUUGUUGACUACAAGAUGGUGUCCAAGAAGGUGGAGUUCACAACAGGGGCAUAUCCACGACUAUCACUAAGUUUUCGUCUAAAGAGAAACAUCGGUUACUUCAUUUUGCAGACCUACAUGCCUUCCACACUGAUUACAAUUCUGUCCUGGGUGUCAUUUUGGAUCAACUAUGAUGCAUCUGCAGCCAGAGUCGCACUAGGAAUCACCACGGUGCUGACAAUGACAACCAUCAGCACCCACCUCAGGGAGACUCUGCCAAAGAUCCCUUAUGUCAAAGCGAUUGAUAUCUAUCUCAUGGGCUGUUUUGUGUUUGUGUUCCUGGCUCUACUAGAAUAUGCUUUUGUAAAUUACAUUUUCUUUGGAAAAGGCCCUCAGAAAAAGGGAGUGAGCAAACAAGACCAGAGUGCCAAUGAAAAGAACAAACUGGAGAUGAACAAAGUCCAGGUUGAUGCCCACGGCAAUAUUCUGUUCAGCACCCUGGAAAUCAGGAACGAGACCAGUGGCUCCGAGGUGCUCACAGGUGUAAGUGACCCCAAGGCCACCAUGUACUCAUAUGACAGCGCCAGCAUCCAGUACCGCAAACCACUGAGCAGCCGCGAAGGCUUCGGGCGUGGGCUGGACAGGCAUGGGGUGCCCGGCAAGGGGCGCAUCCGCAGGCGCGCCUCGCAGCUCAAAGUGAAGAUUCCUGACUUGACGGACGUGAACUCCAUAGACAAGUGGUCCCGAAUGUUCUUCCCCAUCACCUUUUCUCUUUUUAAUGUCGUUUAUUGGCUUUACUAUGUACACUAAGGUCAGUCUCGUGAUUCGGUUUAGAGUACCUUCCUCUUGGCUUGUUUUCUAACCCCACAGAUUCCCAACAGCAGUAAAUGCUGUGGUUUUUGAGGUAAGAGAUUCAGCCUUCCAGUUGGUUUUCGAUCUUGUGUGUCAGUUUUUAUUAUCACACCAUGUUUACUUCAACAACAACAACAACAACAACAACAAAAGAUAUUUUUUCCUGUCUACUGUGGUCCAAGGAACCAGCUCUGUAAGAGUUCCAUCAAUUGCUUUGUUUACAAACACAAAGAGAGGGUGGGUGGUAGAUAUUGUUGGCAGUCUUUCUUAGUUGCCCUGGAUCUUAGUGGAUUAUUUUAAAAUGAAAAUAUACAGUGGACCUUGCUGUCCACCUGCUCUGUGUUCUGGGUAAACUGUAACCAUUUCGUGAUGCCAAAAAAUUAAAUAGAAAUAAAAAAAAAAAAAACAAGGGGGAAAAAACAACUUGAGCAUCUCAGAAGAAUAAAGCCAUUGACAAGUUGCAGAUUUACAGGAAAAGAGUAUAUAACCUGACAGUUCCCAUCCACUCUGAAGUUCUUCUGAGCCCCUUCCUGAAAAGCUGUGGAGCUCUGUGGAAGAGGGAUAUUAAAGCUCGUGCUUCUCAUUUUUCCCCCAAACUCACCCUACUAUGUCCAUCUGACAAUGACCAUGGCUAUUCCUAAAAAUGGUCCUCUCUCAGACUGCCUAGAUGUUCAAAGUCACCAUUAGAAUCCAGCCCAAUCUAACUGGUAGUCACUGGGACCAUUUUUUCUUUACUUCUCAAGAGUAAAGAAGUUGGGGGGCUGAUGGUUUUCUUCCUGUCUGUUAUGGCGAGCAGCCCUGACUGUCCUUCAUGAGCCUUGGAAUCUCGUGAUGACAUGAAAACAUGUGAUCAUUUUCCACAGUUCCUGAUCCAGAGAGAAGCAAAGGAUAUGUGGGGUACAGCAGUUGGUGAAGGCUUUGAAGGAGAUGGAGACCAGUUUUUUCCCUGAGAGAAAAAAAUUGCUAUUUCCCUUAAGAAGGCAAGACUCACAUGUUAUGUAAAAGGUGCCUGGGCAGUUAACUGCACUGCCAAAUCUUAAGUCAAAUUGUUUGUAUUUCUUAGCUUUCCAGAGAGUAGUGUCUAACGGCGGUGAACUCAUCGCACGGGACUCUGCUAGCACUUUUUGUUUCUGCUCUCUGAACUCUGCAUUUCAAGAUACAAAAUGAAUGGCCAGGGAAAUGCUGAUCCUCCACAUCAAUGUCUUCCUCCAAAGCCAGAUUUCCAGGUUAAGAAAAGCUUUAAAGUAGCAAAAUCACAAAAAGAAAAGAAACUCGAAAUGGCAACACACUGAGCCUUUAGACACGCCCACCAGCCCCUGAGGUGUGGACCAGAAGUGUCUCCACUCAUUCAUCACUAUCACUAUGUCAUUGCCUCAUCUCGCUCGUGGAUUACUCUGGGCCGUGGUUCUCAUGACUUUCAAUAAAGCAACGCAAUUCUAAACAUGCUCAACAAGCUACUGUUGAGUUCUUCCCGUUUUAUAGCAUCAAAACCUCAUUUUCUUUUGGUCUGAGUUGUAGAAUUAUUUAUGUUUAUUUGCAAGGUUGAGUGAGAGCAAAUUGAUCAGCUGGGGACGGAGGCCAUUUUGGCAUGAUCCAGGCAUGGAACUGCAGGGCUAAUUCAGGAUGAUGGGAUGACUGCCUCGUGUGAUGCUCUGGCUCUCCUCUGAGAAGAGAAGCAAUGUGCAGAGUAGUGUGAGCUGCUAACAAUUACAGUCACAAUUGGAAAUGGAAGGCUGGAAUUUAUGUUAAGGAGCCCAAGAGGAAAAUAUAAAAUAUUCCUUUAGAAAGCAAGAGGAAAAGAGAAAGCUUAAAUAAGUGAGUGUGGCUGGAUAUACUAACAGACAUUAGUACAAAUAUCAAAAUCCCACUAUACCUUAAACAAAACAAAUACCUGAUCACAGCUAUUUCAUGAGGAGUGCUAGGAUUUUGAAGACAAAUUUUCAGUUAGGUUUUCAGGUGUGUAAACACACUUCCCUGGCUAUGCUAACUCAGGCUGAGGUCACAGGGUCAUCUUUGUAAAAAGCUCUGCUCAGCUUCCAGCAAGCUGAGAUGCUUAGCCAUUGACCAUCAUCACUGGACACAGUAGAAUGUGAUCCUGUCAGUAGUGGGAGGUUCCUAAUACCCAAGAGCCACUACACAGUCACUGAUUUUAAACAUAGGAAUGGAUAAUUGGUGCCUGAUGCUGAACAGAAAUUAAUCAUUCUGAUGCCAAAGCUCUUUAAGGGGCUUUCAAGAAAGAAAAACUAAAUCAGAGUGACAGUGUCUAUUUAGAUCUUCUCAUAAAAGAUUAGGAUUGUUUAUGUUUUCAGUACUGUAUCUUCCUUUGUAAAAUCUAAAGUGAUUUUGUUAUAGUUUUAGAUAUAAAACAUCUUUUGCAUAAAAAAGGGAAACGACAUUUUGAACUUUUCCUACAUUUUAACCUUUUUAAAAGGUACCAUGAAAUGGUACAUGGAUCACAGCCACCAUUAUGCAAAUCUGACUACAUGGCAGUGAUCUCAGAGGCAAUAGACGCCUGAAGCUUCUAUUGCAUCAAGUGAAGAUGUCUUGCUUGUGGGUCAUGAUCUUUGUCCUAUCUUCUGAACACCUCCCAGACUAAUCCAUUCCUCUCUGCUCCCUUCCCAAGCCAAACACUGACAGGGAAGCACCUUCCUUUUCUGAUUUUCUCUCUCUUCUUUCCCAAAAUGAUGUAAAUAAAACAUAAAAGUCAUAAAACAUUCAUAAAUGCCCUCACAUGGCCCCCAUUCUUGAAAGAUUUAAAUUAUAUUAUACAAAGGUUGUUCUUUAACUAUUAUUGAGUCAAUUUCCUAUUGCUAUGAAAAUAGCCAUAAUCCCCUGCAUUGAGGAACAGAAGAGACUGAAAACUGCAGACGUCCUCUCUUGUGCCUCAUGUACAUACAGAGAACCCUAUGUUUCACAGUUUCACAGUGGGACAGAUCAUGUUGAAGACUUAACCGGCUGUGGGCACAGUAGACAUCCGCACCUUUUACUUGACAACUGUGACUGCUCAUAGAACAUCAGGUGUUCCUUAUACUUGGCAAUUCUGUGAGGCAAAGACCCAGGCAAAGGCUUAUUUCUGCUUGAGUGAUCCAGGAUUAGUAUCUCAAUCUCCUCUGUUGCCAAACAGCAAGCACAGCUGGCUGGCAAGCCUGCGGAAUGAAUAAUCUGUGUUUGUGUAUACACAUAUAAAGUAUAUCUAUAUACUUUAUUGUACACUACAGUCAAUGAUGGAUUUUUAAAAUGAGAAGAAUAUGGUGCAGAGAAAAGGAGUAACGGCUUUGGGGUCCAAAAAACUGGACUUUCCUUUUAGAAAGCCAUAGAAAAUUCACAAGAAUUCCAUCUUCCUAAAACCAAUGACUAUUUUAUGAAUAUUCAUUUAGAAGGAGUUUGAUUACAAUCUGCCAAGUUAAAUGAAAAGGAAACAGGAUAAUCUUCCUAGAAGAAAAAAAAAGUCUCUGAGAUUUUGCAUGUCUAAAACUUUGGACAGUAUAUUGUCAAAGGGGUGAUGUGCCAUCAUUUGAUUCUUAAAACAUAAUCAUUUAUCCUAGGGAGGGAUGAAAGGAAUGUGCAACCACUUGCUCAAGAUGGUUCAAUCGGCAGUUUCCGGGAUGAACAGAAGAGAAAAACAUCCAUAUAUCUGAAAGAAAACACAAAGGUCCAUUUGUCAAUGGAUUGUAGACUACUGUGUAAACCUCCUUGUAAAUUCUGUACAUAGUUCACGGAACUGUCCCCUGUGUUAUGGUUGUCCUCAACUUAGGGUGGAUGUUUGGAAAACCAGAGCACUGUAAAUAUCGUAAGCUUCUAAAGCCUUUGCUUUUUAUUCAUGAAGUGAAAUGAUUAGUGUUUCGGGCCCACACCAGAAUCUCUCCAGCUCUUGCUCUUUCAUGCAUACCGUGGUGUGACUCUGCUGUAAGCCAUAGCCAGGUGUUUGUGAUCACUGCCUCAUGCCUUUACCCACUGACAGGGACAGCAGCUGCCUAGAAGGCUGCCAACCUGUGGGGCCAAAGAACAGAGCACCAGCAGAAACCAGAACUGGGACAAUCUGCUCCUUGAGCAGUCGUGAAAAAAAUAGAUAAGUUGUUUUCAGUCACUGUGGCUAUUUGUAUCAUCAAGUACUGAAUUACCAAUGCUGCUUAAGGGGUCAGGGACAGAAGGGAUGCUCAAAUUCCACAGGGAAUCCAAAGCUUCAUGUGUGCCAAUAGCUUUCACUUCUAACUUUUCCACUUUGUCUUAUUGAACUUCUAGUAAAACUAAACAUGGAUAGAAUGCAUGGGUCUGAUCAGGGUGGACAGUCAAUACCCAAAGGAAAGGCAGGGGUAGAGGUAGAGAUGAUAAAUGGCCUUGAUAGUGAGAAGUGGCAGAUACACAUGUGAGAGAUACCGAGGUAUCUAUGUGCUUACUCUUAAAAGUAGACAAAAAUUUUGAUGUGAACUGAUAAAGAAAGGGUGUGUAUGGUGGAAACUACUUGAGUUUGAAGAACCUGGUAACUGAAUGAUUCCAGGUAUUACUCCCUCCAAGUUUUCAGAGUUCUUUCAAAAGUCUCCAGGAUGUGGAGCACAGAAUGUUUCCAUGCUAACUGGCAAUCCCAGAGAGGGAGAUGGUGCCAACAGAAAUUCAGACUAUCCAAGCAAUUGAAGACAGAGAUUGGUUUCUUAGUGUUCGAGGGAACAGUGUCCUCCUUGAGGGUAAGAUGCUUUGUGUCCUUUUUAAGGGUUAGACAAGUACACACAGAAAGCCAUUACUUUGGGAUAAUUUUAAUUCCAAGAUGUGACCCACCACUGUCUGAGCACACAAAACACACCUUGUUGGAACUAAUCCAUUCUGCCAGUUUCCAGGCUAGAACAUAUUGUGAUUUUUUUACCUUAGCUUUUCUUGAGAAAACAUAUUAUCUGGAAUGAUUGAAAAUAUAAUUGUUGAAAGUUGCAGCAAGUAUUUGAUAGAAGUUCUUUUUAAUAAAAGAAUUACAAAACAGAAAAUAUUAAGUUCCUAGCAGGGAAAAAAAUAAGGGUUCUCUGUUUGUUUUGACAUCUCCCAUGGCAGACAUUUCCCAUUAAAAUUGAAGAAGUCCAACAGGAUUUUCUUCUUGUUUUUCUUUUGACUAUUCAGAAGCCUUUGGCUUAUUAAGGGACUCACAUCAAGGGACUCAGAACCAUUUUUGAUUGGCUCCCAUACUGCUUGCAACUCAUAUAUUUAUCAAAAAAAAAAAGUCCAGUUGGAAUUCAAGUUGGGAAAAUUGAUACUCCUGAAGCCGUUGAGAAGGGAUUGCACUCUCCACCACUGCCUGCGCAUUAUAUCUUGUGGACAAUCAGGACAAGUCAGUCCAGACAAGAGAGGCCAAAUAACCUUCUUCAUUGCCUUAGGAACACAGACUUACAGAUUCAUUCAUUAAUACAGUCUCAUUCCAAAGCCAAAGGAUGAACAAGAGCAGCAUUAUUAUCUGGCUCUUGCUUCUCCAAGGCUUCCUUUGAAGAGAAACAGGAACCAGGAGACACUCUCAAAUAUAUUUUUAUAUAUUCAAAUGACUAAAAUAUUAUAUGUAUAUUUUGCAAUCUUGGUUUUUAUAAAAUAGAUGAAAUCUUCUGUCUUAUUCUUUCCCAACUACAUACCAAGUGGAAUCAAUUCCAUUUCUCUAUUUAUUCUCCAUUUCAUUUCUGAAGUUUAUAUGCUAUCUUGUUCAUAUGUAGAUGGUGGCUUCAAUCUUUGGACUUGUAUUUCUUCAUUUAACUCAUGAACGAUGAAUUAUAACAAUUCUUCCCAAUUCCUAUUCAUAACACCUUUAAAAGGUCUUCAAAGGCAAGUCUUUGAAUCAUGGGCACCUCUGAAUGCCCUUGAAUUAUUUUUCUUUCUGUUCUUUAUGUAAAGACUACACACAUUUACAACAGUCUUCUCUCUCCAAACUUAUUUCAAAAUACAGAAGAAAUGAAAAUAAUGCACUUAGACCUACGGAUGAUUAUAUUAUCAAUACCAGAACCUAAGGUUACGGCCAUUUUUAAGACAUCAUGGUAGCAUGGUGAAUUUAUGUUUGUCUAUGCAUAUGCUCCCCUAGUCUUAACAGUAUGGUAUUUAAAUUUUUCCUUUUAUUCUUCCCAGAAUCUCUUAUCACUCAAGUUGUACAACUGUGCUUACAGGUAAUCAUUUUGGAAUUAAACCUAAUUCAUCAUUUCUGUGCCCCAUCCUACACUUACACUUCAUAUAUUUCUCCUCACCUACUCCCCCCACCUCAACCUUCUAGCAGAUUCUACUAAGUUAGCAAUUGCAGAAACCAUUAUGCACUGUCCAAAUUAUCACCAGAGAAUUCUGUAAGAUGCAUUUCUUCCAUAAAGCAUCUCUAUAGACUUAGAGAAUAGAGUUCUCUAAACAUAUAGCAAACAAAAUGCCCUAUAAUAUUGAAUGAUCAACAGUAUGUGGUGAAGAGAGACAGGAGAUAAGAUGAAAGUUACCUUGGAAUCAGGAUGGGGGUACGUGUCUACCUAGGACUGUGACUCUUGACAUGCCAGCCGAUGACUUCAAGUUCUCUUCUAGAACCAAGUUUCAAAGGUUAUUUUAGAGAGGCUCCUUUACACUGGAGUUUAACCAAGUGAUACAGGUUCACCAUAGACCUUGUUGAUGCACCUUUGCAAAUCUAAUAAUAGUCUUUGUCACAUGCCUUUAAGACGUGGUGUCAAGUGAAUUGAGUAUGAGUCAUAUUUCUUCCAAACCUCUACUUUUAAAAUAUCCUAUAUCACAAUCUUCCAUCUUAGAAAAGUAUCUUUAGGGGGCUCUCAGAUAUCAUUCAUCCAUGUGAUCUGAUCUCCAGUUUUAGAUCUUGGGAACUUUAGAUGUUC